UUCCGCACGAUCGCUUCGAAACCAUGGACCCCACCGGAUAUGCCCAUGGACGAUGGAGAGGAUUGUAGUACCAACUGCUGGUGCGAAUUGCAAUUAGAUUCCUCCUUCUGUGAUGAUGGCCUGACAGGAAGAAUGGUGCUGCGGACGGAUGAAGUGGACGAAGACAGAACGCGGAAGCUUCCCAGUCAC